AAUUGAAAUGCAAAAUGCCAAACCAUCACCUCCUUCUUCUUCUUCUUCUUCUUCUUCCCAUUCACCACACCUCACACUUCUCUCUUUCUCUAUCUCAAUCUCCCCAUCUCUCUAGAUUUCAACCUGGUUUCUCUUUCUAGAUUCGUUCAUCUAUGGAGAAUUAUUCACCUAGACCUCUGGAUACCAAAAACCCUUCUCCAAAUAGUCACAGCAAUAGCACCAAUUCUAACACCAGCACCACCACUAACCAUCAUCACCACCACCAACCAUCUCCUCCUGCAACCCCCAUCGCCAGAUCCGACCCCAACAACCCCUACCCAACUACUUUCGUUCAAGCUGACACCAAUUCCUUUAAGAAAGUAGUCCAAAUGCUCACUGGAUCCUCCGAAACCGCCAAGCACGCCGCCAACACCCGAUCUGAUGCGCCCGCGCCCAUCAGAAACCCCAUCCCGCCGAUGAAAACGGGUCCUAACAAGAAACCAUCCAAGCUAUAUGAGCGGAGAAACAGCAUGAAGAACUUCAAGAUCAGCCCGUUGGUACCCGGCUUUGUAAACCAGUCUGGCUUCUUUGGUUCUCCCCGAAGACCAGGCACACCGGAGAUUCUUUCACCGGGAAUUCUUAAUUUCCCAUCUCUGGUACUUAGCCCGGUUACACCUCUUAUACCCGACCUGUUCAAUAGGUCUCCGGUAACCGGAGAUAGCCCGAAUUUGAACGUUGAAGCUGAAGACAAGGCGAUUGCAAAGAAAGGAUUUUAUUUGCAUCCAUCUCCGGCGAGUACACCGAGGAGGGAAUCGGAACCCCGACUUUUGCCUUUGUUUCCGGUGACUUCACCAAGGGUUUCAGGUUCUUCUUGAAUAAUGAGGUUUUCAUUUAAUUUCCAAUGUAACGAUUCCAUAAUAGUUGAAUUUUGCAUAAGAAAUCGGUCAAGAUUUGGGGAAAAUGGGCAAAAAGAAGAGAGACGUUAGAAAUUGACCAGUUCAAAAGAGUACAACUUUACUGCACAAUGUACAAGUCAGUAUUGCAGUAAUCUGCUGAAAAAAAUAGAAAUCACCCAGAAUUUUUUUUGCUCUCUUCAUUGUAAAAGUUCCUAUCUUGUUCUCAAUUUCAUGCCCUGCUUCGAGAUUUUGUUCAA